AAUGGAGCAAACAACAAACCCAGAUAAAUCUGACCAUUUUCCGAGGGAGCUGAACGACAAGGCCAAACUCUGCCGCUUCCUGUGCUAUGGUUCGGAGGGGGACCGGACACACACCGAGAAGUUCCAGCCCCUCAUGGAGGGGGCUGGAGCCCUGCUCUCCCUGCUCCAGGAGGGCCGAGGCGGGGAGGUGGUGGAGGAGGUGAAGAGGUUUGUGGAAGGCGGCCACGUUGCCUGUCUUAACCCAUGCCUCUUUGGGCUGGCGUUGUGCUCCCAGUGCUCUGAGCUGCAGACCAGACAGGCCGCCUUCAAAGCCCUGAAGGAAGUCUGCCAGGAACCCUCUGACCUCUUCGCCUUCAUCCGGUACAAGAAGGAGCUGAUGGGGGGGAUGAGGUGUGGCAUGUGGGGCCGUGCAUUGAGGAAGGCUGUGUCCGACUGGUAUAACCAGCAGGACGCCUGGCAUCUGGCCGCCGCGGUAACCAAAUGUAAACAAAGAGCGGGCUGGUCCCACAAGGAUCUGCUGAGGCUCUCCCACGCCAAAGCCUCUAAAGACACGAUUGUGUUGAUUAACAAAUACGUAACGAAAGGAUGGAAGGAAGUGCAGGUGUUGUAUGCGGACCGGGAGAACCCUGAGGAGGUGGUCCAGCUGCUGGCCUACUUGGCGGCGGUGGAGAGGGUAUAGCAGCGCUGUGAUGAAGACGAGGUGGUCCUUCUCAUCGAGGUGCAACGGCUGGAAGUGGAGCAGCUGCUGACCGACCACCUUAAAUCCAAGCAGGCAUGGAGGGCCUUGUUGAAGGACAUGCCUCUUGGCUCCGUGCUGAGGAUUGUGGAUAAGGUGACCGCCGACCAGAUUCUGGAGCCGGGAAGCUUGGACAUGAAAGAGUUCUGCAACAGGAUCCUCAACGCCAAGUUGUUCAAAGGCGACAUGCCAAAGGUCAGCGAGCCCCUGAGGGGGAUCAGCCUCCCUGUAGGGAACGACACCGAGGAGAUCCACGCCUCUGCCUGUGCUGUCCGGGCCUACCUCAGAGAUCAUCUUCCUCAGAUCAUCAAGGAGUUCUUCAAACCCUCUCACUGCCUUGCUCUCAUUGAACGGGUGAAAGAAAUAGCAAACCAGCUGAGUGAAAUUCCGGAGAUAGGAGUUCCGCAGCACACCAACAGGUGCCAGUGCCAUCUGGACUACAAGGAGCCUAAAGCUAAAUACCAGAGGAAAACAAUGGGCCUUCGAAUCCUGCACAAUGUCAACCAAAUCUUGCCUGUCCUCAGCCGACAACAAAGUCCUGAUAGCGACGGGGAGGCCGCCGCCUCCUGUGAGCCCGUGGGGUCGCAUGCCCAAACCCCCCACUGUCUGUUCGAGUCUGAGGACUCGUCGGUGUGA